ACAGUGGCCUCGACACUCUCGACAGUCGUCGCUCGUCGCUCGGCUGUUCUUUCCGUAGUCGGUAGUCCCGGUAGCGGUUUCGCGUUUGACAGUGUGGCGCGGUCGGACUGUCGUGCGAUCGUAUAUAUCCACGAGGGGGCCCGUUCGGGGCCCAGGCGAGAGAGGAACGACGUCGGGAUCGCGCGCGCGAGACACAUAACAGCCUACCACAGCCUACAACCACGAUGACACAUUCGGUAACGUCGUCGACAACGAGCGUACCUGGGACAAGCGCGGCUACGGCGAUCGCGACUGCGACCGAGACGAUAACAACGACGGCGUUACAACACCGUACUCGUUUAAUACCGCGAUAGUGCGUCGCUGCGGCCCAACGACGAGGGAAAGGGGGAGAGCGCGCCGAGUUCCCCGUUCUCGGACGCGGAUGCGUCGCGUCCUGCACUUUAAACGAGAGAUAUACACAUGCCCGUUCGAGUUCCAGGAAACGCUUAGAACGCGAGAGCGAUACACGUGAAGGAAGAACGAGAGAGAGACAGAGAACGCGACUGUCGAAGGAAUACAAGUGAAUCCGAAUUGAUCGUACGUAUCGGCGCGACGCGGGGAAAGCGAGUGAAAGACAGAGAAAGAGAGAGAGAGAGGGAAAAAAGAACAGGGUUACGAGGCAGGCGGGCGCCAUUCGGAAGUAACAGUGUCAAAGCACACUCGGCGCUCGCGAUUUCUUUUCGCGUUCGCGCGAACCCGUCGUGCGCGGGCGUAUCUGGAACGCGCGAUGGGACGAGCGAGCGCGCGUGCCGUCGUCGACGUACGUCAACGUGCGUGAAGUGGCCUGGUGCGGAGUGUGAAAGAGUCCAGCCAGACAGACGGCCCCGUCCCGUCCCGUCCCGUCCCGUCCCGUGUCGCUUGGCGCGCGCGAGCGAGCGAGCUCCGUCUCCGUCCAACCAGUCGUCGUCGGGCCCGCGGCGCGCCUCUCUCGCUCCUGCCUUCGCGACGCGAACGGCGACCGCCCCGCGUUCCGCCUGUUCGCCCAGCGGAGUUUUCACCGCGGCGACACACGCGUUACAUUCCGCGUACGUGUGCGCGGCUCCAGGCCCCAGGAGGAGAUUACGCGCUCCGCGACGGGGAGACGCGCGACCGGCCCCGCCGUACGUGCCUUCCGAGGGGGGCCACCGAAUCCGGAACCCGAGGAAAAAAGGAAAAGAGGAAAUUCCCAGAUAAUGGAGGGCCCCGCGUGCACCGUGGACUGAGGUGAUCGGUCGCGAAAAUUUUUCCCGUGUCUCGUAUCUCUGCGGGAAAGACAGAAGUGGAGAAGGUGGCGGAACGGAAGGAGGAGGAGGAAGAGACAGCUACGAGAGAAGGAGAAAGAGAGAGAGAGAGAGAAAAGACAGAUUAGGUUAGGCUGAACUCACGUUCCCCCCUCCCUCUCCAUUCCUCUGCUGUGCAGUGUGCGGCAGCAGAGCAGACCAGGGCGCUCCAUCUCGCUUCGAUGUGCACGCCCGUUUCCAUCUGAUUUGUGCACGCUCGAGGGACGAGGACGGCAUGACGGAGAGGGAAGAGAAGAGAUCGAGGAAAGAGUGGUGCGAGGAUCCGCGGAGAAACGCUGGAAAAAUACAAAUGCCGAUCGCCGAUGGGAUUUCGGUCGCUGAAUCGACGGCGGCGGUCCACCACGUACCCCUCACCGUCACCGGCAUGUCUCGUCUCGUCGACAGACUUUCAGGGAAGCGGCGGCACGUGCGCCGGAGUUCGGGCCCAGGUGGUGUCGCUCGCGCUGCCGAGGAAACGCAAGAAGGAGAGGUCAACCAUAGAGGAUGCCGCGAGGCGGGCGGGGUAUCAUCAAUCGAGGAGAUUAGCUCGUCGGUGGCGAGGAGCAAAGUCCCCUGCGACGACGACAACGACGGCGUCGCCGGCCACCGUCAUACGCCGCCUUACCUCUGCCAUCUCCGUUAUCGUAGUCAUCGUCAUUCGUCGUCGCGUCAACGAUACCACCAUCGAAGGGACAUCGGCGACGGGGGCAGCGACGGCGACGGCAACGAUAACGGCGACGACGAUGGCGGCGAUGACGAGAGAGACGAGAACGACGAGAACGAUGAGAAUGACGAGAAUGACGACGACGACGACGACGAAGAAGAAGAGAAGGAGGAGGACGAUAAGAUGUGUCUCGAACGUCUCCAUCCUCGCCUUCAUCGGUUCUACGAUCGGCGGUCUCCCGGAAGCAGCGGCGACGUCGAUGCCGAAGUCGAGGUCCAUCGAACCGAGACGACGACCGUCCAUCCUCUCGCACGAACCUCCUCGCCUAACGCGACCACCGCCGUCGCUAACCCCUCUGUCGUCACUGCCAUGGCGAGAGGAUGCAAAAUUCCGCCUUACCUCACGACUAUACUACUUCUUUCCUACACUCUCUUCGGUAUAGCAGAUGCCUGCUCGUCGCGUUCAACGCCGAAACCUAGGCCGCCGACGCCGACGGAUCGGCCGAAUAUCACAUUCCACAUGUACGCGUGUCCGCCGGAUUACGCAGAGUGGUAUUGCUUGAACGGCGCCACGUGUUUCACCGUAAAAAUCGUCGACUCCCUCCUGUACAACUGUCUAUGCGCCAAUGGAUAUAUCGGGCAAAGAUGCGAGUUUAAAGAUUUGGAUGGUUCCUAUUUACCCUCACGGCAACGAGUAAUGUUGGAGACAGCCAGCAUCGCCGGUGGUGCUACAAUAGCAGUAUUCCUCGUCGUUAUCAUUUGUAUAACAGCUUACAUCCAUUGUAAGCGGAAACAGAAGGAAUUACGGUCGAGCAAUAACUGCGUCGACACGGUGGAUGGUCCUGGCCGAGAUCUGGAGCUAAGGCCGUUCAGCAAUCGCUCUCUUAUCUUCAUGGCCAAGAAUACUAACAGCUCGGCGACGAUAGAGCAGACGAGAAUGCCCAACAGAUAUUGUCCAGAAACGGAGUCGACGAGGAUGGCAUCCAUCAGCGAGAGCAAGCACUCGAGCCAAUAGCGAAUUACGUGACGCGUCGUCUGUAUACAACGUUUUGCCGCGAUGAUUCGUUAUCGGCGACAUACUCGAGAUGUACGAAUGAUCGUCGAGUGAACUGCUCGAUUAGCUGAAGGUAGUUUGAGACAGCAGCGGCCUUUAGUAGCCUUUAUUAGCGAACUUGUUGGGAAUAUACCAAUUGUUUGAUUCAGCGAGUGAUGAACCAUCUUAACACGGUGCUGAAAAAAAAAUCGAGCACGUAAAUCAAGCACGUUAAUAAUUUCUCUGAGCUCAUGGCACGCACCGGCACGACGAUGCCGGGCUUUCUUCGAUUAUUAUAUCGUUAUGUCGAGACAUUCCCGUAUUGUCGCACUCGUGUCCUCCGUUUGAUCGAACGUUUGACGCUCGUCGAUUAUCAUGUAUUCCUUCUACGAACGAACAUCCCGAUGAACGAUUUGCGAAGAAUAAAUUUUUCAUCCAAGUCUAAAAACGAAAAGGGACUUUGCACGAAUAAUGUGACGUUCGAAGACGAAACAUUUCCGUAGAUUCUUCUGUGAAGGUGACAGAUUCGCGACCAUUGAAUGUUGUUUUUAUAGCAAACGUUUGUAUAGUAUCGCGUCUUAUUGUCAUCACUCACUAUCAACGAAGAGAAAGAGAAAGAAAAAAAAUAAUACACGCAUCAGUUGCAAAAGUAGUGCCUUUCUGCUCUCGUUUGUAAGAAAGCAAAUAGUUGUGGUACACCUGAUCAAGAGAGAUCAAAUAGGAAAGGGAGAUAGAGAACGAGAAAAUCGCCCGUCUAUUUCUCUCACUAAAAAUUCGCGACGAGCGUCGUUCAAUUUGCUAACCGUGUUAUGAGCGCAGGACGCUGAUACACGCUAGUGACGAAAUCUUCUUGUAAAACACGAAAAUUAAUAGCUGUAAAGCGCUGAUAGUAGACAAGGUAAUUGUCCUUUGAUCCUUGGUACGUAUGAUACUCACGCUCGAUCCUAACUCCGUUUGUUAUUCGUGAAAGACAUUAAUCUGAUAUAUCUCCGGAUAUAUAUGACGAUGAUAAACAUAAAUGCAUUCUGUGAGAUAUUUCAUAUGUUCUUGUGUCGCAGAGGUCUAAUACAUCGCUAGUAGAUUAACAGCAACUUGCAUUGUACUUUCACCGGGCUCUUCCAAAGAAUGUUCGCGAAUGCGAUUGAACGUACCAUUAGUAUCAAAGGGUUAAUGAACAUAUGUGUCUUAUGUAGAAGUAUCUAAGAUUUAAAUCUAGAUUAAAUCCGAUGUCUUACCAGAAAGCAAUAGUUCCCUAAGCACAUAUGAAGUACAUUUUGCCGCUAAAAAUAGAGAUGCUAUUUAUUACUAAUCAGUUAGAAAGUCUAUUGACGUCAGAUCGCCAUCCGGCGUUGUACUGUUACAUAUUGACAAAUAUUUUCUCAAGACGUUUUGCUCCUGUAACGCGAAAUAUCGUUUACCAAAUCUUAGGCACACAAAAAUGACGUACUUAUAGUGAAUCAAUUUUCAUUUCCACAUCUGUAAGCGGUAAAAAUAAAAAGGGGAAUUUAAAGCGCCGUUAGCUAUUAUUAUAAAGUAGAGCAACAAAUAAAGUAGAAGACGGUAAAUUCAAUGACUUUGUAAGCGCAGGGUUAUAAUUUGCUAACCUCGUGAUAGAAAAACUGCAACUACAUAAUUUACCUCGUCUGUUUACACGGAAGAAAGUUAAAUAUGAAAUUCAAAGAAUUUCUAGCACUUUUUCGUCCUAUUUAUAUCUCGAUUCCAGAACAAUUAAAUGAAUACCGAAUGAUAUACGCGUAUAUCAUUUUAGAUAUUAAUUCCGAUUAAUUAUCGUUUCUCAUUAGCAUUCGUCUCAUACGUAAAAUAAAGGAGUAAACAUGCCGGCAUUGUUAAAUUAUUUGGCAAACUCAAGGAAACUGCUAUAUCGUCUAAUAUUAAAUUAUAUAUUGAUCAUGCGCAUCGUUCUCUCUUGUUUCGUUAUUUAUUUAUUUAGAUGAAAGGCUUGGUCUCCAAUUACAUACACAAUUGCAACCAGAUUUAUCAUUUUUCUCACAUUUCACUUUUCUAUUCGAACCUUUCCAACUUUCCUUGAUUCAUGUAGCCUUAAAAGUGUUUUGUUAACAAUGCAAUAGAGUGGAAUUGAUGUGUAUAUUUGGAAAUAUCUCAUCGCGUAGAAAGCUGAGCCUCCUUGUCACUUUGUCUCAGCUUCUUGUAAAUAGUAAGUUAUUUUAUGUUAAAGAAAAUCCCGAAUCGUAAACUAUAUUAAUUAUUAAAAUAAAAGCAACGUUUUCGUCGCGCCACGUCGUAUUACGCUGUACUACGUUCCAUCAGCCUGAUACCUCAUCGUACUACGAUGCACUGCGCUUCAAAAGAAAAACCGAAAUGCAUAUUUUUAUAAUUAUAUAAUUCGUUAAAAGAACAUACCUGAUGGGGUGACAGAAAAGGUACUGAAGAUAUUGAACGAUGAUUCAAUAGUAAUUUGUAUAUUUGUAGAUACUCUCGAGUAAAAAAAAAGAAAAACUUCCAAA